UUCAUUUUCCAUUUUUAUUCUCACCUUCAUGUCUCUCUCAAUCACGAGCUCAACAGAAGAUAGUGUCACCAGUUUUUGUUUCGUUCACGUGAAACACUUUCACUUGCAUAAACUUGUAGCUUACAGAUUUGUAUAAUUGUACCAGCACCAGAUGUUUAUGUUAUCAGGAUAACCAUAUUGUUUGUAUGUUCUUUUGUUGGUUAUUUCACUAUUGUUUUGUUUGAAAGAAUUCAUGAUGACGGUGAAUAUGUUUUUGCGGUUUGUGGUGGUGUUGUGUGUUGUCGUUGCAGCGCGUGUGUCUUACGCUGUUAGACAUGAGUUUGAGAUUGUGACGCAUUUGAAUCGGUUGAAUAAACCUUCUAUGAAAUCUAUCAAGAGUCCGGAUGGUGAUAUAAUAGAUUGUGUUCAUAUUUCGCAACAAGCGGCUUUCGAACAUCCUUCACUCAAAAAUCAUAAAAUUCAGAUGAGGCCAAGUUAUCAUCCGGAAGGGAAUAAUUUUGAGAGCAUGAAAGUAUCAUCACAAAAUCACCAAACAAUUACUCAAUUAUGGCAUUCAAAUGGGAAAUGUGAAAAAGGAACAAUCCCGAUUCGACGAACGAAAAAAGAAGAUAUUCUUAGAGCAAGUUCUAUCAAGAAAUAUGGCAAGAAAAGUAGUCUCCACACUGUUGCACAACCAAAUUCUGUUGAUCUUGAUCUUAUUAAUCAAAGUGGCCAUCAGCAUGCAAUUGCAUAUGUGGAAGGAGAGUUUUAUGGAGCAAAAGCAACUAUGAAUGUUUGGGACCCUCAGAUUCAACAGUCUAAUGAAUUCAGUUUAUCUCAAAUUUGGUUAUUAGGAGGCUCAUUUGCUUCAGAUCUCAAUAGCAUUGAAGCGGGUUGGCAGGUCAGCCCAGAUCUUUAUGGCGAUAAUAACACCAGAUUCUUUACAUAUUGGACUAGUGAUGCAUAUCAGGCCACAGGCUGUUACAACCUUCUGUGUUCAGGAUUUGUUCAAAUCAACAAUGAGAUAGCAUUGGGGGCCAGCAUUUCUCCUAUUUCUAAAUAUCAUGGUUCCCAAUAUGAUAUCAGUGUACUUAUCUGGAAGGACCCCGAGCAAGGAAACUGGUGGAUGCAAUUUGGUAAAGGAAAUGUGCUCGGAUAUUGGCCCGGCUCACUCUUUUCUUACUUAAGCGAAAGUGCAUCAAUGAUCCAAUGGGGCGGUGAGGUGGUGAACUCCGCCUCUGACGGGCAGCACACCACCACCCAAAUGGGCAGCGGUCAUUUCCCCGAAGAAGGCUUUGGUAAGUCCAGUUACUUCAGAAAUGUUCAAAUAGUAGACGGAUCAAACAGUCUUAGAGCCCCAAAAGAUAUAGACACAUUCACUGAGCAGCCCAAUUGCUAUGAUGUUCAAACGGGCAAGAAUGAUGGUUGGGGCAGCUACAUUUACUAUGGUGGACCAGGCAGAAACGCGAAUUGCCCGUGAAAUUUGAUAGUUAUGGAAGUUCAUUAAAUUAAUGAACUGGUGUAUUUGGUAUAUGUAUUAUUGUAGAUUCUAAUUCAGUUUACUUCAUACGAGUAUGUUAGAAACAAGGAUAUUGUUAUGGUUUGUUAGUUGGUUUGGGUUUGGUUGUAUUUGAUUAUGACGACUCUAAAAAACUAUGAAUUGUAAGUAUUUGGGUUCGUCUUUGUGUGACAUUUGUAUUGUAUUGAAGCGAGUCGGAUUAAUAAUAUGACAUAUUAAAUUUCUUA